AUGUCCGUCUCUGCGGAUACACCAGAAGAAGUGGAUGUGCCGCCGCCCAACCGGGAGCUUUUGCCCCGGGCGAAUUAUCUAGCGGUUCAAGCAGAGGACCUGCUGUCGCGUUGUAGCAAAUCUAUCCAAAGCACAGAUAAGAAUUGCUUCCGUGCGCGGCGGAGGGCCGAGCUAUUCUUGGAAAACAGGCUGCUCGAAACGGAGAAGUCCGCAAAAGCUUUGAGAGAACAAGCCAGUGAGGUAGACUACACAAUCGCCAUCGCGGAGCGAUCGCUGGCCAAGUCCAUCAAGCGUUGCCUGGGCAAAGAGAACCUGGCAAAGGCUAUGCACAGUUUCUUUGAUCCGUGCUCGAAACAUGCGGAAAGAAUGCAAUGUAUCAGAAGCAGGAACUUUACUAGCUCACUACGGAAUUGCAAUUGUUUUUUUGCUCUGUUUGAUCCAACAUCAGCCGACCUAAACGCCAUCCCAACAUGUUCGGAAGCAGGUCAGAGGAUGCCACCCAGUGUUUCCUCGAAAGUAGAUUUGGCCAACAUGCUGGCAGAAUGUGUUUGGGGGCUUCAACAGAAUGGCCCUGAGCAGCUCCACUAA